UGGGACAUUUAAGUGCAGUUAGUACUCCGUUUAGGGAAAGAAGUUUAUAUAGAGUAAGCUUACACAUCUGAAGAGUUCAAAACUUAAAGUCAUAAACUAGAUUCAAAACUUCAAUUCGCCAUAGGAUAAGCUUUAUAUAUUUUGUAUCCUGCUCAGAUCUAGUAGCAAAGUUUUAGAACUGUGCUUAUAACUUCUCUGACCAAUUUACAGAUUUAAGGUCAAUGCAAACGGUGGAAAAUGCUCUGUUCAAGCUGUAAUAUCAAAAAGCUUCGUAAAGAAUUUCCUUCGCAGGAUUUUUGCAGUAAUCACCACAUUGAACGAAACUGUUUGAAAUGUAUUACGAAAUAUAUCGAGGACAAUAACUGCUGUCCAAUAUGCCAAGACGAAAUCCUCGAUGACAAUAAGAAUUAUCUCGCCUGCCUUGCAAAGAUAGACUGGCUUUUUCCCGAACUCGAAGAUAAUGAAGAGGAGUCUGCGAGCAUCCCUGUUAGCAGUAGAAGUUCAGUUCUGGUUGUUAUGAUUGGUGGAGAGAGUCAUACGAUUCCUUUCAAUUCAUAUUUGAAAGUAAAAGAUUUCAAGAUGUUUGUUAAGUCCAAAUUUGGGAUAGACCCAGAUAUGCAGAAACUACUUUAUCAAGAGAAAACUUUAGAGAGUUACGAGUCUCAUAGUUACAAGACCAUGGGAGACUAUGGUGUACAAGCCAACGGCCGAGUUCAACUCGUCAAGAUACUUCAAACCCUGUCACCAUCCAUUCAAUGUGUCAUCUUCGACUUUUCGUGGGGUUUUCCAAGUUCAGGUCGUGAUUACCUGGACACUUCUGCUCUCUUAUACAGCGACAGUGAUUUUAUAGAGUAUGUAGACUUCAGGACCAGAUCAAGACAUGGGCGGGGUGCAGUUAGUCACUCGGGGUGUAUUUCAGACGGCGAUCCUAAUCGUGGAAGACACAGAAUGCAAAUAGUACUAAAUGCUCUGCCUCCUCAGAUAAAUAAGGUGUUUUUCACCCUCAGUAGCUGGCGAGCGUCAAGCAUUGCUGCUUAUGAAUGUCCUCGUUUGCAGUUCUAUGACGUCAGUCGUCCCGAGAGGCAGCUUUGCACCGAAGAGUUCGAUCGCGCAAUUACGUCUAGAGCUGUAAUAAUGUGUAGUGUCUGUCGUGUGAAUGGUAAAUGGAAGGUGUUUAGCCUUGGUGUGCCUUCUCGUGGUAAUAUAAUGGUAGAAAAUUAUCGUUAUUUGAAGGCAACGAUCGAAAGGAUUAUUCAAGAAGGCAUUUGUUGAAAGCUAGCAACUGAAUGGGUGGAACGCAAAGACAAUCAUAGACUAGUCUCGUAUACUCUUAUGAUCUAGUCGGUUGAGCAAACUUACAUUUUCCCACAAAUUAAUAAUUUUUCGCACGCUGAUCGAUGAGAGGACAGACAAAUAACUAACUGACGUUAACAAGCGCGCGCUCUUUCUGUUGAUUGUUUUGAACACUAAAAGACGUCGAAAAAUGCUUCUUAGUGAAUUAUUUGUGGUAAAAUUAGCAAAUCGACCUUUUCUAUAUAUGGUUUGUACUGUGUUCGGACGUGGAAAGUUGUCAACAUAUGAUCCAAACUUUGCAGUGAAACCACUCGAGCUCGCUGCGUACGUUGUUCCACUUGAGUUGGGAUCAUAUGCUGACGCCAUAUGUCGGCGAUAAGAGUACAGACCAUAAAAAGGGACCUCGAUUUGCUAAGUGGAAAACUAAUAAAAUAAUUAUGGAAUGAUUAACUUUAACUCACUUUCGAUACAGACAUAAUUCGAAGAGAUCGAUAAUCUCGUGAUCCGCGCUCCAAGUUCUUCCACAGACAGCCCAAACUAGAUUUAUGUGUGUAUUGUUCGUUAGAGAUCAUUAUUGUAUGGGAGUAUGGGUAUAAAAAUAAAACCUUUCACUAAA